CCCUGCCCCAUGGAGCCCUCCCUUGGAUGCCCUCGCCCUGCUGCCAGCGUCGAGCUCGCCCCCCCAGCGGGCGAGGCCCUGACCCUCUCGCCCAGACCCCCCAUGAAGAAGCAGGCGGUGAAGCGACACCUUCACAAGCACAACCUGCGCCACCGCUACGAGUUCCUGGAGACCCUGGGGAAGGGCACCUAUGGGAAGGUGAAGAAGGCGCGGGAGCAGUCCGGGAAGCUGGUGGCUAUCAAGUUAAUCCGAAAAGAUAAAAUCAAGGAUGAGCAGGAUUUGAUGCAUAUCCGGAGGGAAAUCGAGAUCAUGUCCUCUCUCAAUCACCCACAUAUCAUCUCCAUCCAUGAAGUCUUUGAGAACAGCACCAAGAUCGUGAUCGCCAUGGAAUACGCCAGCCGUGGGGACCUGUACGACUACAUCAACGAGCGCCAGCGGCUCAGCGAACAGGAUGCCCGCCAUUUCUUCCGCCAGAUUGUCUCGGCCGUCUACUACUGCCACAAGAAUGGUGUUGUCCACCGGGAUCUCAAGCUGGAAAACAUCCUCCUGGACUCCAAUGGCAACAUCAAGAUUGCAGAUUUCGGCCUCUCCAAUCUAUACGAGCGAGACAAGUGCCUUCAGACAUUCUGCGGGAGCCCCCUCUACGCCUCACCUGAAAUAGUCAACGGGAAACCCUACACAGGCCCUGAGGUGGACAGUUGGUCCCUUGGUGUCCUCCUCUACAUCCUAGUGCAUGGCAUGAUGCCCUUUGAUGGGCAGGACUACAAGACUUUGGUGAAGCAGAUCAGUAAUGGGGAGUACAGAGAGCCCACCAAGCCCUCAGACGCCUGUGGCUUGAUCCGCUGGAUGCUGAUGGUGAACCCCACACGCCGGGCCACCCUUGAGGAUGUAGCCAGCCAUUGGUGGGUCAACUGGGGCUACCUAACCCCACUAGGGGAGCAGGCCCUGGGCGAGGGCAACAUCGGUGGCAGUGGCAGCAGCGAUUCGCCACUGGCCUCUGUGGCCGACUGGCUGAGGCGAUCUUCCCGCCCCCUCCUGGAAAAUGGUGCCAAAGUCCGCAGCUUCUUCAGACACGGGGCGGGGGCUGGCGGGCCAGGAGGCGGGGGGCUGGAGCGCCAGUGCUCCCUCAAGAAGUCCCGCAAGGAGCACGACGUGACCCACACCCUCCUGGAAUGGCCGGCCGGGGAGGCCCCAGGACCGGGCAAGGGCAUCCUGAAGCUGCCCAAGGGCAUUCUCAAAAAGAAGGCUUCACCCCCACCCGACGGGCGGAAGGAGGAGAAUGGGGUGCCCGCUGUGCCCCUUCCCCAACUCCCUGCCCUCCCAGAGCCGCCAGCCCCUUUAGCCCCCAAAAAAGGCAUCUUGAAGAAGCCCCGGCAGAGGGAAUCGGGCUAUUAUUCCUCCCCAGAGCCCAGCGAGUCUGGGGACCUCUUAGAUGCAGGGGAUGUGUUUUCCAGCAGCCCCGCCCCUCAGGAGGACCCCCCACAGCCUCCGGGGCUUCCCUUCCACCGCAAAGGGAUUCUGAAGCACAAUGGCAAAUACUCUCAGGGGAAGGCGCUUCCCACCUCGGCCUUUGGCUCUUUGGAUGAGCUGGCCCGGCCCUUGGCAGCCCCCUCCCGGCCCAGCCGCCCCUCCAGUGCCAUCAGCGAGGACAGCAUCUUGUCCACCGAGUCCUUCGAUCAGCUGGACCUCCCGGAGCGACUGCCGGAGCCGGCCCUGCGGGGCUGCGUCUCGGCGGACGACCUCCUGGGACUUGAGGAGGAGGAAGAGGCAGCAUCGGCUGCGGGGUCAGAGAUGGGGUCAGGACAGCGGCCCCUCAGGCGCUGGGCCGCGAGCCGAGGCCGGGAGCCCCUCCGGGACAGCUGCUUCUCCCUGACGGACUGCCAGGAUGUCACGGAGGUGUACCAGCAGGCCCUGGCCAUAGGCAUGAAACUCAGCUGAAGGGCUGGAGAUGGUGGGAAGGGCCACUGAUCCGCACCUCCCAGCAGGGGAGAGAGAGAGAGAGACACACACACACGCUUCCUCCCCUGCAUGGAUCACUUCCUCAGGCAGGCAGUGAGUCCCACUCUUCUGGCUCAAGCCUCCCAGAGGUGGGGCUCGAAGGGGAGGGCAGGAUGUCCCCCCGUUCCUGGGAAUUUUUUAUGAAGAGGUUAAAGCAUGUUUGAGGCAGCAGGGCCAGGGGUGAGGUGGGGUGGCUAUAGAGAGGGCUAGGAAGGAGGGAAGAAGACAUCCAUCAUGAAGGGAGACAGCCUCAUCAGGAAAUAGGAGAAUCUGCCUCUUGCUGUCUCCAGUUGGGAAUCUGGGCCUAGAGCAGGCCUGGGCAGAAGAUGAGCAGGCAGGGAAAUGUUGGGAGAGAGCCAGAGCUGUGUUUCAGGGGUCGCCUGCAUAUUUGAGAGAAACAAAUAUUACGAUUGAUUGUUGUUGAUGAUGCCAGAGGAACACAAACCCCUCCCCACCCAGCAACAGCCUGUGGGUACGCCCCAGACAGUGGCGAGCCGGCCUUUUGACCAUCAGGCCCUUGGUUCUAUUGCCCCAGACCUAGCCCUGUGGCCAAACUCCGGGCUCUAGACUUCCCCAAUGAAACUGGAAAAAUGGCAGGGGUUUAAUAGCUAUGUAGGAUUGAUCUCCUUGGGGAGGGAGAGGGCCUGGGUUCUAAUCCCAGCUCUACCACUUGAACCCUUGCACAGGGCAUGGCUGGUGAGAGGAAUUCAUACCCAACUGUCUUCCUUCUAAUGCCUGAGCGUGAAGCUCCAAACAGACUCCCCCUGCCCCACCCCCUCCCCUGGGACAGUUAACCACUGGAAUAGAAAGAACUAGGUUUUGCUGCUGCCCCUCCCCUCAUCUUGCUCACUCAGGGCUUGUGCUGGACACUCAUCUCACUCUGGGCUUCUGAUAAUGGGCAGAACCUGGAGCAUCCUCCAUCCCCACAUCCACCAGCCACAUCCAACACCCAGUCUUAGGCUCUUGGCUACUGGCCUCUCAAGGGCCAGCAUGUCACUGGGGCAGGGGUCCUCACCCUCCUGGGCUGGCCAGGUGGGAUCUUCUGAUUCUCAAAGACAAAAAAAGAAUGGCCUUAUUUAUUUUAUUUCCAGUAUUUUUUUAUGAAUUGCUGAUUGUGUUGUAGUGUUCAAGUGUUCGUUCUGGGGUCAGUUUAUGAGAUUACUGUAGUAUAUAUUUUUUUAUGCCCUCCCGAUGUCUUGUUCAUGAGAAACAUCUUGUUUCAGAUGCUGCUGUUCACUGCACUGUCUCCUGGUGAUUUCUGACUCCCCCUCACUCCUCUACCUCCCCCCCCC